CACGGUCCAACCUCCUCCACUUAUCUCUGUGCGUUCAAGAUGGAGUGAAAUCAUUUCAUUUUGAUCCUUAUCUCAUCGUCUGCGCUCGCUUUUCCUUUGGUGCUGUUUGCCAAGAUCUUGGUCUGUUCUCGCGAGACUGUGUUCCUGCUGCAUUCCUUGGAGUUGCUGAAAUUCGACCCAUUACAAUAUGGCGGCUGAACUGCCCAUCGUGUCAAUCAUGCCAGAAACCCGCCCAUGGACCUGCCGCGUUACAGUCGUGGAGAAGCAGAAUGUACGCACUGCAAAAGCUUCCCCCAUGAAGUUCAUGCCGAUGAUACUAAUGGAUGCUGCUGGGAACAGAGUGCAGGCUACUGCAUUCCAGGGUGAUAUUGAAGGGAUAGACCAACACCUUGCGUUAUACUCGACGUAUCUUGUCUCAAAUGCGUAUGUGAAGGCGAUCACUGACAUGCGCUUCUGUGUUGACAGAGAAUACCCUUAUGUUUGGUCGUUCACACGCCGUACCUUGAUCCAAGAUGUUCCUGCAGAGGAAGGUCGGGACUUCCGUCAGCUGGCUGAGGCAGAUACCACCCCUUUUACUGAGAUGUACACUGCUUAUUUGCACGAAGAACGUAUCAAUGUUUUGGCUGCAAUUGUCAAGAAACUGCCGCGCACCUUUGUGUUUUCCAAUGGCGUGCAGAAACCAGCAUGGGAUGUGGUUCUCAUUGAUGCACAGUGCAUUCCAGUACCGUUUACUAUCUGGGAGGAAUUCAUCACCCGUCAUGGUUGUGAGAUUGAGAAGUACUUGCAAGCUGGUGAUUUCCCUCUACUGCUGAUUAACAGGGCUGCCAUAACCCUUUUCCAAGGUCUGGCUCUUUCAACUCGCUUUGACUGCCAUAUCGAACUGAAUCCUGACGGAGAACGGGCAUUACAGCUGAAGAAAUGGGUCGGUGAAAACAAAGAAAAAAUCAAUGAAUUAUUGCAAGCGAGAGCAUAUGACGACGCACUUACAGUAAUUGCCAAGCCUUUUUCCCAGCCUUUAACUGCCCUUGCAGAUUUGGAAGGUGACCUGAAUGAGAACCCCAUUGUAUGGGUGUCUAGCAAGUUCCGCUUGUCAGAUACAUCCGAAGAGGGCUCCUACAUUGGUUGCGACUACUGCAACCGCAAGGUCCACGGAACAGAAGGUGUGGUUUUCCAGUGUUUAUUCUGCGGCCAGAAGAACGGCAAAACUGUCAAAAGGUUUAGGCUCAACGCUGCGCUGGAUGAUGGAACAAACGUUAUACCAGUCACACUUUUCACCAGCGAGGUCCUGCAACUGUUGAAAUUUGUCAAGGUGGACCCUGCAAGUGACAUCGACCUGGAAUCCUUAGCUAAAAACCUGCUUAACAUUGCCGUUGUGUCCGGGGUGAAGCGGUCCAGGCCCAACGAUGAGGGUCUCCUCGGCAAUCCAUACGCCAUCGUCUGUGUCGCUCCUUUCGAGAAAACCACCCCCGGCUCCCCAAUUGAUAUCCCUGUUCCGCUCCCCACUGAAGCUGCCCCGUCAACUCCUUCAAAAAGAAAACUAAACUUUGGGUCCCUGGGUGAGCUAACUGCUACACAGUCACCCUCAUCGUCCAAACAGGUCCUGGCAAAGGACAGUGUUCCGGAGGAGACACUUGCGAGCCUGCCUCCCAAACAAUGCAGGACCAGCAACACUUGAUGAUCUGUGUAAAUUUUUUUUGCUGUGAUAUAAGGUGGACAAUGCAGACUUCAAAGGAAAAAACUGUUUGCAGCUGAUGCAUGCCUGCAUUUCCCUCAAUCCCCCUUUUGGCACAUGUAGUUACGUAUAAUAGGCAGGAAAUAAUAGAGCAGGUGUCGCUUUACUUGUUUCUGUAUUGUGCAUAUGCUUGCACCCUUUCCUCACUGCGGCAUCCAAUAAUAAUAAUAAUAAUAAUAAUAAUUAUAAU